GGAAGGAAGCAACGGAAAAGGAAGUGAAACGCCACGUGCGGAGUGAUUUUUGUUUUCCAACCGAUCUCGAAAAAAGGUCGAUCAUGAAGCUGAGCAAGAUCUUCAACCACAAGUUUGUGCUCGGCAGUUGCAAUCUCAUUUUCAUGCUCUGCGGCGUCACACUCCUCGCUACGGGAUUUUACAUGUUCACCGAUGCCCCCCGGAUAUUGCUUUCCCGCCUACUGAUCUCAGCAACCGAACACCAGAAAACUGCUCUCUCGGAGCUCGAGCAGCCGCUGUUCUACUAUGUAGCUCUUGGUCUCACCAUAGCAGGCCUGAUCGCCAUAACUGCAGCCCUACUUGGAUGCUGGGCAUCCUGCAUGAACACAUACUGCGUACUGACCAUCUACUUCCUCAUCAUUCUCGCUCUCCUGAUCGCCGAGUUCGGCGUCUGCCUGAUGAUCACCGCCUGGCCGCAGUGUCUCGGUCUCAAUCUGGACGAAACGGCCAUGGUCAAAGCGCUGCAGGGCAGCUACGGUGUCCCGGAUCAUGAGCAGUUUACCGCCGCAAUGGAUCUGGCACAAACCAUCUUCGAGUGCUGUGCCAUCAACACGGCCAUCAACUACGACACCUCGCUGUGGAAGCUGCAAAGUCUGGGCAAAAAGGAACUGACAGUGCCGCUCACCUGUUGCCGGCUGCAGAAUCGCUACGAGUUCUCCGCCUACCUGGAUCCGAUCCCGAUGAACCUGACCCUCUGCCAAGCGCUGCAACCACACGACUACGAAGGCAACAGGCAUUUGGACGGCUGCCUGCACAAGAUCGAAGUGUGGUACCGGGAGCAGUAUUUUCUGUUCCUGUGCGCAGGGCUGAUCGUUGCCGUGGUGGAGUUCUGCGUUCUUCUCAGUAUCAUCCUCAGUUGUACGAAGCUGCCCCGGAAGUCGGCCGGUAUGAGUCCGGAGCGGCUUCCGCCAACGACGGCGCUGGCCCGACAGAGACGACCCGGUGCGAGAGAUAAUAUCUACGAGCGGGACCUGCCGACACCGAUGCCGAUACCGACGAUUCGGGAGACGUACCUUCAGCCGAAGGACUACACCAAAGCAAGGCACGAGAUUCCGUUCAACACCGGAUCGCACUACUAUCAGAUCUCCAAGAGCUAUCUGGUGUAGGAGGUGUCUUUGAGGUUGCAGAAGUGUGUUUGCAUGUAACAA